AUGGCGACGGGAACAGACCCGGCAAAACGACCACGAUUUGACCUCUUCACUGAGCAUGUCGGUAACACACAUAGAUGGAACGGAGGAAGAACUUUUGAUGGCAAGAGCAUGGGAGACACAGGGCAAAUCUACAGUGAAGCUCCCAGGCCAGGCUGCCAAAAGGUGUUGGAGAUAAAUGCAUGCGUUGGAUUUACUUCAAUUCUACCGAAGGACUAUGGCAAGGAGAAGAACUCGGAGAAUCUUGCUGGCACGCAGGCAAGAUAUGGCCAAUAUCUCCAGGAUCUCUGCAGGACAAUGUGGGUAUGGCAGGCAUGGAUGGCACAGUCAAGACCAGCAUCCGAUCCGAUGUUUUCGACUACUACCACUACACCUCGGCAAAUCGUCUCCGGUCGAGGCCUACACGGACUAUGGAUGUUUGGAGAGGCAAGCAAUGGGCGUGCAUCUCCGGUCUACCAGCCAUAG